GGGGAGGGGGAGGAAUGGACUGGAGGGAGGAAUGAACGAAACGACAAAUCAGCAAGGGACGGGCAAUGGAUUGACAAGACGAGGGGUAAACUUGAUAAAGAAAGAAAGCAAAAGCGAGGCCGGAAGAGGCAAGCUUCGCAUUGGUGAUUGCAAGACCUUGGUUUGACAUGGGAGAUGGACACUGCUUCUCCGCUUUUUGGGAAGAUCUCCCCGGUCAACUGGCGUGGCAGCUAACGAACGGGAAAGGAGGGGAAAAACAUCCGGGCUCGAGGGUGUGGAGGACUAAGGAAAGCAUUCAUGCCAUACGGACUGGACUGGCAUGCAAUCAAUCCGUCGACCAGAUCGGAGGAGACGAUGAUGAUGUUGAUGAUGACGUCGACCAGCUUACAGCAUCCUCCAUCAACCUGAGACAACAGCUUCCGUUAGCACUGGGGAAAGGAAUCCCAGGCACCUGGUCGGUGGUUCAUCCGCCGCGGUAAACCCGUAGUCGCAGCCCAGCGGCAUCAUGUGUCUGAGCGGCUUCUCCUCGCUAGAAGAACUAAAAUUGAACCCUUGUCCCCCGGUCGCGAUUGACGUAAUGUCCGUGGGAAAGACACAUGGUUAGCCGAGCUCGACCGAGAUUAGGUCGUGGGUUGCUUAUUCCCACCAGGGAUUGGGGUAUGUGAUUCGUAAUUCGUGAUCCGUAAGCUGGAUGAGAGAAGGGGGGGAGACAGACAGAGAGAGAGAGAGAGAGGGAGAGA